AUGGCCGGUGUGAAACCAUCCUGCGUUUACCUGGAGCUCUGGAGUGCACUGCAGUCCUCUCCUGUGCUAAAGCAAAGUGAAGCAAAUGCAGAUACAAAGGAGAAGCUUCCAUUGCGUCUGCGCAUCUUUGAAAAAUUUCCUAACAGGCCACAAAUGGUGAAAAUCUCCAAGCUUCCUUCAGAUUUCACAGUUCCAAAAAUAAGGGAGAGUUUUAUGAAGCAGUUUAUUGAUCGUCAGCAGCAAGAUACCAGCUGUUUGCUGCGAAGACUUCCUUCAGCUUCUUCUUCCUCAUGUGACCACUCUAAAAGAUCUGCAAUUGAAGAAAAUAAAUACAUUGAUCAAAAGCUUCGUAAAUCUGUUUUCAGCAUCAGAGCAAGAAAUCUUCUGGAAAAAGAGACAGCAAUCAAUAAAAUUCUCAGGGCCUGCACUAGACAACGCAUGUUGAGUGGGUCCUUUGAGGGGCAGCCUGCAAAAGAAAGGUCAAUACUUAGUGUCCAGCAUCAUAUACGGCAAGAACGCAGGUCACUGAGACAUGGUUCCAACAGCCAGCGCAUCAGUAGAGGAAAAUCUCUUGAAACAUUGACUCAAGAUCACUCGAAUACAGUGAGAUACAGAAAUGCACAGAGAGAAGACAGUGAGAUAAAGAUGAUCCAAGAAAAAAAAGAACAAGCCGAAAUGAAAAGGAAAGUCCAAGAGGAGGAGUUGCGAGAGAAUCAUCCAUAUUUUGAUAAACCGCUUUUCAUAGUUGGCCGGGAGCACAGAUUCAGGAAUUUUUGUCGAGUGGUUGUGCGAGCUCGCUUCAACGCUUCUAAAACAGAUCCUGUUACUGGAGCUGUGAAGAAUACUAAAUACCAUCAGCUUUAUGAUUUGCUGGGGUUGGUUACUUACCUGGACUGGGUCAUGAUCAUUGUAACCAUAUGCUCCUGCAUUUCCAUGAUGUUUGAAUCCCCGUUUAGAAGAGUUAUGCAUGCUCCAACACUCCAGAUUGCUGAAUAUGUUUUUGUAAUAUUCAUGAGCAUUGAGCUUAAUCUGAAGAUUAUGGCAGAUGGCUUGUUUUUUACACCAACAGCUGUCAUUAGGGACUUCGGAGGAGUCAUGGACAUAUUUAUAUAUCUUGUAAGUUUAAUAUUCUUGUGCUGGAUGCCUCAGAACGUCCCUGCUAAAUCAGGCGCUCAGCUCCUAAUGGUUCUUCGCUGUCUCCGACCUCUUCGAAUUUUUAAACUGGUCCCUCAAAUGAGGAAAGUUGUACGAGAGCUCUUCAGUGGCUUUAAGGAAAUCUUUUUGGUUUCUAUUCUUUUGCUGACGUUAAUGCUUGUUUUUGCAAGCUUUGGAGUGCAGCUAUUUGCUGGGAAACUGGCUAAAUGCAAUGAUCCACACAUCAUCUCAAGGGAAGAUUGUCAUGGCAUCUUCAGAAUAAAUGUAAGUGUUUCCAAAAACCUAAAUUUAAAGCUAAGACCUGGAGAGAAAAAGCCUGGAUUUUGGGUGCCACGAGUCUGGGCAAAUCCUCGGAAUUUCAAUUUUGACAAUGUGGGGAAUGCUAUGCUGGCGCUCUUCGAAGUUCUUUCAUUGAAAGGCUGGGUGGAAGUCAGAGAUGUUAUUAUUCAUCGUGUUGGGCCGAUCCAUGGAAUCUAUAUUCAUGUUUUUGUAUUCCUGGGCUGCAUGAUUGGACUGACCCUUUUCGUUGGUGUCGUCAUCGCUAAUUUCAAUGAAAACAAGGGGACAGCUUUGCUGACUGUAGAUCAGAGGCGAUGGGAAGAUCUGAAAAGCAGACUGAAGAUAGCACAACCUCUUCAUCUCCCACCUCGCCCGGAUAAUGAUGGCUUUAGAGCCAAGAUGUAUGAUAUAACUCAGCAUCCAUUUUUUAAGAGAACUAUUGCUGUACUUGUCCUGGCCCAAUCUGUAUUACUGUCAGUUAAGUGGGAUGCUGCAGAUCCCGUGACUGUUCCUUUAGCAACAAUGUCUGUGGUUUUCACCUUCAUUUUUGUCCUUGAGGUAACAAUGAAGAUUAUUGCCAUGUCACCUUCUGGCUUCUGGCAAAGCAGAAGAAAUCGCUACGAUCUCUUGGUGACAUCUCUAGGAGUUAUAUGGGUGAUACUUCACUUUGCCUUGCUGAAUGCAUACACAUACAUGAUGGGUGCGUGUGUAAUUGUCUUCAGGUUUUUCUCAAUUUGUGGGAAGCAUGUGACACUAAAAAUGCUGCUCCUGACAGUAGUUGUCAGUAUGUACAAGAGUUUCUUCAUCAUAGUGGGAAUGUUCUUACUACUUCUUUGUUAUGCUUUUGCUGGAGUAGUUUUAUUUGGUACUGUGAAAUAUGGAGAAAACAUUAACAGACAUGCAAAUUUUUCAUCAGCUGGCAAGGCUAUUACUGUACUCUUCAGAAUAGUUACUGGAGAAGACUGGAACAAAAUUAUGCAUGACUGCAUGGUCCAGCCUCCAUUCUGUACACCAGACAACAGCACCUACUGGAAAACGGACUGUGGAAAUUAUGCUGGUGCUCUUAUGUACUUCUGUUCAUUUUAUGUCAUCAUUGCAUACAUCAUGCUAAAUUUGCUUGUUGCUAUCAUUGUGGAGAAUUUCUCGUUGUUUUAUUCAACUGAAGAAGACCAACUUUUAAGUUAUAAUGAUCUUAGACAUUUUCAAAUCAUAUGGAACAUGGUUGAUGACAAAAGAGAGGGAGUGAUCCCUACCUUCCGAGUUAAAUUUCUGCUGAGGCUUCUGCGUGGCCGGCUGGAGGUGGAUCUUGACAAGGACAAGCUGCUGUUCAAGCACAUGUGCUAUGAAAUGGAGCGGCUCCAUAACGGUGGCGACGUCACCUUCCAUGAUGUGCUGAGCAUGCUUUCAUAUAGGUCUGUUGAUAUCAGAAAAAGUCUUCAACUGGAAGAGCUGCUGGCUAGGGAACAGCUAGAAUACACCAUAGAAGAGGAGGUGGCCAAACAGACCAUACGCAUGUGGCUGAAGAAAUGUUUAAAGCGAAUCAGAGCAAAACAACAGCAGUCAUGCAGCAUUAUCCAUAGUCUACGAGAGAGUCAACAGCAAGAGCUGAGCCGAUUUCUGAAUCCCCCCAGCAUUGAGACAACGCAGCCAAGUGAAGAUGUGAAUGCUGUUAAUCAGGAUAAUAGUGCACAGCCAGAGACAAGUAGCCAACAGCAGCUUCUCAGUCCCACCCUUUCUGACAGAGGUGGAUACCGACAAGAUGCUGGAGAUGCUGGGAAACCUCAGCGGAAAUUUGGACAGUGGCGUUUGCCAUCGGCCCCCAAACCAAUAAGCCAUUCAGUGUCUUCAGUCAACCUCCGCUUUGGUGGACGUUCAGCUAUGAAGUCUGUCGUAUGCAAGAUGAAUCCCAUGUCUGAUGCUGCUUCUUGUGGAUCAGAAGUCAAGAAGUGGUGGACGAGGCAAUUAACGGUGGAGAGUGAUGAGAGUGGAGAGGACCUUCUUGAUAUCUGAGAAAGAAAAUAAGUCAUAUUGCAACAACAACCACUUCAAAUACAAUCUAAUUUUCUAUGUUUAGAAUUGAACAUGCUGUUAGGUGAUGUAUGAUUCAUUUAAAAUCAGUGUCAUAAAAUUUUUCAAGUGCUUACCUUCUGCCAUAUAAAGCCUAAAAAACACUUGUAUGUUAGAUUUCAUCUCUAUAGCUAUUAACUGUACUUUAAGAAACCUGUGUACAAUAGCAGUACUAAUAAAGCCAGAGAUACUAUAUUGCCUUUAGCAAAGACAGAACUUUGAAAG